UGUUGUUCUAUCUGUGUUUUGGGUGUUAACCUAGUUCCUGUUAGCGCAGCAGCUAAAAAACCCCCAACAUAUUUAUGUAUAUUAAUCAGAAGAAGACACCCAGUAACUUGGGAGAUGGCAGAUCAGGCGAACAGACUGCGCAAGCAGUUAGAAUCAGCUAAUUUCGACCCGCAGAAUUAUGUCCAGCGUCUCUCACAACAAUCUGAUGGCGACAGAGAUUUGCAGGAACAUCGUCAAAAAAUACAGACCCUGGCAGAUGAAACGGCUCAAAACCUGAAGAAAAAUGUCUACAAGAAUUACAGACAGUUCAUCGAAACUGCCAAAGAGAUUUCAUACUUGGAGAGUGAGAUGUACCAACUGAGUCAUAUUUUGACAGAGCAGAAAAGUAUCAUGGAGAGCAUUACCCAGUCUUUGCUCUCAACAGAUAAGGAUGAAACUGCAAAGGAGAUGCUGGCAGCAUUCCCUAAAGACACAGAGGAAGUGAAACAGAGAACACUGACUACACUGCUUGAGAAAGUGGAGGGGUGCAAAAACAUUAUGGACACCCCAGGCAGAUAUUUAGUGUACAAUGGCGACCUGGUUGAAUAUGAUGUGGACAACAUGGCACAACUUCGAAAAGUGCAUGCCUUACUGAUGAAUGACUGCCUUCUCAUUGCCACCUGGUUAGCGAAUCGCUGUGGUACAGUGAAGUACAAAUACAAUGCACUGUAUGAUCUGGAGAGCUUUGCCAUUGUCAACGUGAAGGACCACCCCUCAAUGAAGGACAUGUUCAAAAUCCUGAUGUUCCCCGAAAGCUGCAUAUUUCAGGCAGAGAACAGCAAGAUUAAAAAGGAGUGGCUGGAGAUCCUUAAUGAGACCAAGAAAAACAAAGUGACAAAAGAAGAACACAAGAAGGAAGAGGUAGAGGUUCCCAACUCACGUCCAGACGCCUCGGUUUUGACCAACCCUUUUGACUCAGAGGAGACUGUGGAUCUGAGCUUGGAGUUGAUCCAGGAGCUUUCCGAGGACCUGGACAUGUGCAUUGCCCAGCGGGACUUUGAAGGUGCCGUAGACCUCCCCGACAAGCUGAAUGAGUACCUGAAGGACAAGCCUGUCAAUCUGAGGGUGAAAUACCUCCGGGUGAAGGUGGAUGAGCGUGUCCGACAGCUGACAGAGGUGCUGGUGUUUGAGCUCUCUCCUGACCGUUCCCUCCGCAGGGGACCCAAAGCGAGCUGUCGGGCCAUGUCUCAGUUAAUCCGGCUGGGGCAGCCCACCAAAGCCUGUGAGCUCUUCCUUAAGAACCGAGCCGCUGCUGUGCAGACCACCAUCCGCCAGCUGCGCGUUGAGGGGGCUACUCUGCUCUACAUACACAAGCUUUGCAACAUCUUCUUCACAAGCCUGCUGGAGACUGCCAAAUAAUUUGAGUUUGACUUUGCCGGUAACACAGGCUGCUACUCUGCAUUUGUGGUCUGGUCCCGGUCAUCCAUGAAGACAUUUGUGGAUGCCUUCAGUGGGCAGGUGUUUGACAGCAAGGAGAGCCUCUCCACUGCCGCUGAGUGUGUCAAGGUGGCCAAGGAGCACUGCAAGCAGCUCAGUGAGAUCGGCCUGGACCUCACCUUCACGCUGCAGUCCCUCCUGGUCAAAGACAUCAAGGCAGCCCUGCAGAGCUACAAGGAGAUCAUUAUUGAGGCCACCAAGCACCGCAACUCUGAGGAGAUGUGGAGGAAGAUGAACCUGAUGACUCUGGAGGCUCUGACCAAGCUGAAGGAGGAAAUGCGCAGCUGUGGUAUGAGCAGCUUCAAUCAGUAUACAGGAGACGACUGCUGGGUCAACCUCAGCUACACCAUCGUGGCCUUCACCAAACAGAUGAUGGCUUUUCUGGAGGAGGGGCUGAAGCUCUACUUCCCAGAGCUGCACAUGGUGCUGCUGGAGAGCCUGAGGGAGAUCAUCCUUGUGGCUGUGCAGCACAUUGAUUACAACCUACGGUGUGAACAGGAGGCAGAGAAGAAAGCCUUCAUUCUUCAAAAUGCAGCCUUCCUGCACGAUACUGUACUCCCUGUGGUGGAGAAGAGGUUUGAGGAAGGAGUGGGGAAACCUGCUAAGCAGUUACAAGACUUGAGAAAAAGUGCACGGCCCAUUCGUGUCAAUCCUGAUAGUACUAUGUCUCAGGUCUAGUGGGUGGAUGAUAACCUGGUGUGAACAGCACUUUGAUGACACUGUUGAACUUCAAAUCAUUGGCCAGAAUUUAUUAAAUCGAUGUAUUCUGUCGUAGAGGCUAUUCAGUGAUAAUUCUUUCUGUUUAUUGUGAUGUUGAAGAAAAUGACAUCGAGAUAGUUUGUGAUUUUGAAUUUCCCAUAUUUUUCCUAUGCUUGAUGAUAUAGCAUUACGAAUAGAAGGCUAACUGCAAUAGGAUGACUGAUUCAUGUAUUAACCUAAUGCAUUGACAAUGGUAUUGAUUUGUACAAAUGCGCCUCUGAAAAACACUAUGGUAUCACACAAAUUCUCUCACAAAAUAACAAUUUUGUCCAGUUUACUGAAAAAACUAUUUGUUUAUAUAUGUAUUUAACCAAAUGGUGAAAAAUGAUUUUGACUUUAUAAUAUAGCUUUGGACCUAGGCUUGAGUGUUUAAAAACAAAAAACAGAUCAGGGGAUUUUUUAAAUCUACAAUAUUUGACACUAUAAUAUUUUUAUAUUAUAUUUUUCAUAUCCCCAAUGAAGAUUUUCAGAACAAAGCCUCAAAUAACCCUUUUGUUAUUUCUGAAUAAAAUAGGGGUUUUAUUUUCAAUGUUUUCCAUCAUAACAGAUAACAAAAAAUUAUAACCUUGUAACAUGACAUUGAAUUUCACAUAGAAAAUCUCAUGAUAAUGGAUUAGAUAUUCAAAAUAUUUCAAUGGGUUGAAAUUUGUGACCUGCCUUGAACUCACUCUGAUGAUGGCGGGUUGAAAAACAACUGAGUUUCAGAUAAAAGCCCUUAUCCCUUUGAUUUAUUUUCUUCCUUAUAUUGUUACAUUCCUAGAGAACAUAUAACAUAUAAUUAAUCAAAUAUUCACAAAGGACCCUUGAACUACAAGCAGGGAUUAGGCUAUGGGAGUGAAGCUUGCUUUUGGGGAUAACCUGACCUCACCCCACCCCUUCAAAUCUUCUAACUGCAGUUCUGAGAAAGGUUUCACGUUUGAUUAGUCGUAUGUGUGGGAUACGCACGGUAUACAUCGUCCAACUAAAUGCUUACUAGCACGUUCCUUCUCGACAAUGCAACAACAAUAAGAAAUAAUAAAAGAUAAGAAUACAUACAUAGGUAUAAUACAGGAAGGCACAAUUUAUAGUCCAAUAUUUACACGUGUAUUGGAGAAAGGACACCAAGAGUGCUGAUUUGUCUAGGAUGCUCUUCAGCCACUUGCUGAGUGGUUAAUUUUGACCAAACCAAAUAGACCAUUGAAACUUAUUGUAACAUAAACUCACAUAGUAGGCAAGGUGAUAAAUCAUAUUCUGUGUGAUAAAGCUCUUCAACAGCCAAUUAUCUUCCAUUUGAAAUAACUGCUAUGGAUUUGAUUGACAUUUUUGGGGAGAAAGGAAUUCUGGCAUCCCGGA